AUACCAACUCUGAACCUGAACUUAACUGAACUUUCUGAACUCCUCCGAGAUCUGUGAGUUGCUGGCAACUUAGCCGGUCGCCGCCGCCGCCGCACCCAUAUCCUCACACGGCGCCGGCAGCCACCACUUGUCCCCGUUCACGCUACCGUCGCCGCCGCCGCAAUCCCUUGGGGCCCUAAUCCCCAAAUCCAUCUGCAUCGCCGAGCCCGGCCCGUACAUGCUCGCCAAGUUCCGGCCCCUCAUGUCGGCGGCACCGACGGCGAAGGCCGCCCCGGCCGUGGCGUUCUCCACGGCGGCGGAGCGGGACGGCUACGCGCAGUACAACCACACCGACGCGUGCCAGCACCUCCGGUGGACGGCCAGGGAGAGCUACGAGUACAUGUACGCGCGGCCGUGGAGCAGGGUGGUCGACUUCUACGCCGAGCUCGUGCGCACCGGCGCCGGGGCGGCGGGCCUCGCCGAGCUGUUCCGGAAGGACGAGAAAGAUCACACUCGUGAUACGAAUGGAGAGGAGCCUUUAGCAUCAUCUGAAGAACAAAUGUCUGUUAAGUCCUCCAAAGGCCGAGGAGGCAGGUGGGAAAGAGCAAACUUCAAGAUUGUUCUUUCGUAUCAUGGGGGGUCGUUUGAUGGUUGGCAGAAGCAGCCUGCCCUCAACACCGUUCAAGGGUUGGUGGAAAAACAUCUUGGACAAUUUGUCGACGAGAGAAAAGCUAAACAACUUCAAGAGAGAUCGUUGCCGGUAGAAGGCUGUGCCACUGUUGCUGGGCGCACUGACAAAGGGGUGACUGCUCUUCAGCAAGUCUGCUCAUUUUAUACGUGGAGAAAGGACAUACAGCCUGACGAUAUAAAAGACUCAAUAAAUGAGGCUGCACCAGAUAAAAUCAAAUCUUUGGUUGUGUCAGAGGUUUCACGUGAAUUUCAUCCUAAUUUUUCAGCCAAAUGGAGGAGAUACCUGUAUAUAUUUCCUCUUGAUGAGGAUGCUAAACCAAUAUCAGGGGACGAGUUAUCCUCUAUGAUACUAGAGAAUCCUGAAUACAAAGCAUCUCGGAGCUUUGAUGUGGCCAAGGUUGACAAAAUCAUUAGGCAGCUAGAAGGAAAAAUGCUAUCUUACAAAAUAUUUGCACGUGAUACCCAAGCUUCACGUAGCGACGGCCCAGCUGCGGAGUGUUUUAUGUUCCAUUCUCGAGCUGCAUUGACCAAACUGUAUUCUGCUGAUGAGAAUUGCAAAGAAGGCGCGACAGUCAUGUGCAUUGAGCUAGUUGCGAACAGAUUCCUACGCAAGAUGGUUAGGGUGCUUGUCGCCACCACCAUCAGAGAGGCUGCUGCUGGAGCCGACGAAGAUGCCUUGCUGAACCUGAUGGACGCCACUUGCAGGCGCGCAACGGCGCCUCCAGCACCCGCGGAGGGCCUCUGCCUUGUAGACGUUGGCUAUGAAGAUUUCGACGAACAGAGGUGCUUCAUUGUUGACUAAAACUCUCCAACAUGCUAGAGCGAAAAGCACAAUAUGCUUGAUUGUUCGAUGAGUGAAGAUCAAACCAUUCCGGUUCUGAUCGCCGAUCCUACUCCUAUGUGCCUCACAUGUCGACGCUUAGCCUAUACAUGCUUCUCAUUUCUGAUGUACCCGUUCGGAAUUGCCAUCCGGAGGUGCAGCCCGGGAAUCUUUUGACACUGAAAUCAUAGAUAAAACAUUUCUGAUUAA